CCGCAACACCGGUCGAGGCUGUUCAAGAUGCAAAUCUUCGUGAAAACUCUCACCGGCAAGACCAUCCGUCUCGAGGUUGAAUCCUCCGACACCGUCGAGAAUUUAAAGGCCAAGAUCCGGGAGAAGGAAGGAAUCCCCCAAGACGAGCAAAGGUUGAUCUUUUCCGGCAAGCAACUCGAGGAUGGCCGGACUCUCGCUGAUUACUCCAUCCAGAAGGAGUCCACCCUCCACCUUAUUCUUCGUCUUCGUGGUGGCAUGCAAAUCUUCAUCAAGACCCUUACCGGCAAAACCACCACCCUCGAGGUCGAGAGCUCGGACACCAUCGAGAAUGUGAAGGCUAAGAUGCAAGACAAGGAGGGUAUCCCUGUGGACCAGCAAAGGCUCAUCUUUGCCGGCAAGCAAUUGGAAGAUGGCCGCACCUUAGCCGAUUACUCCAUCCACAAGGAAUCUACCCUUCAUUUGGUAAUGAGACUCCGGGGGGGAGGGAUGCAAAUUUUUGUCAAAACCCUCACCGGAAACACCAUCACCCUGGAGGUGGAGAGCUCAGACACGAUCGCCAAUCUUAAAGCAAAGAUCCAUGACAAGGAGGGCAUCUCACCGGAUCAGCAGAGGCUCAUCUUUGCCGGGAAACAGCUCGAGGAUGGCCGCACUCUGGACGACUACAGCAUUCAGAAGGAAUCCACUCUUCACCUGGUUCUCCGACUCCGUGGUGGCCAGUGAAAUGAAAACACGGUCUUCUGCUCUUGUUAGAUUCUCAUCUACACUUAGAAAUUUUGUUAGUCUCGUAUUUUGUUAGAUCUCCGUCUGAUGGCAAUGUCUUUUUCUUGCUGUCAUGCUGAAUAAUAACGGCAAUUAGAUAGGUCAAUAGAAACCUGUUUUACGUAGAAAAUGCCAUUCGGGCUGUGAAUACAAUUGCUUAUUGGUGGUCUUUUGGUUUA